AUGGAAUUAAACGAAAGAAUCUUGCACUAUUUAAACAACGUUGAUACGGUUGACACUUUAAAGUUAGCCAGUGAAUUUAAUGAGGAUCAUCAAAAGAUAGUCGGUGCAGUGAAAAGUAUUGAAGCUUUAGACAUGGUGAAGUCUGAUGCAGUGAAAAGCACAAAGUGGGAAUUGACAGAAGAAGGUCAACUCGUCGCUGAAAAAGGCAGUCACGAAGCUAUUCUCUUUAGAUGUAUCCCAGAGAAUGGAAUAGCUCAAGCUGACCUUAUGAAGACAGUACCAAAUGCAAAAGUAGGAUUCAGUAAAGCUAUGUCUUCAGGAUGGAUAUGCAUAGACAAAUCUGGUGGAGCACCUUUAGUUAAAAGAAAAGUUGACAAUAUCCAAGAUACUGUGCAAGAUCAUUUAAAUGAAAUCAAAAAAGGGAUAGAUAACUUACAAGAUAACAUUAGGAAUGAUUACAAGAAAAGAAAACUGCUACAGGAGAUCACUGUAAAGAGUUUCAUUUUGUCAAAAGGGCCACAGUUUGCGACAACUAUUAAGAAAUUAGAGACUGAUUUAACUAGUGAAAUGUUACAGACUGGAUCGUGGAAGCAAUUGCAAUUUAAACCAUACAAUUUUGAUGCUUUAGGACAACCGCCAGAGUGCGGACAUCUUCACCCACUUCUGAAAGUAAGAUCGGAAUUCAGGGAGAUCUUCCUCGAAAUGGGCUUUUCGGAAAUGCCCACCAACAUGUAUGUGGAGAGUUCAUUCUGGAACUUCGAUGCUCUGUUCCAACCGCAGCAGCACCCUGCUAGAGAUGCGCAUGACACAUUCUUUGUAUCCUCGCCAGCUACUACUACAGAUUUCCCCAUGGACUAUUUGGAAAGGGUGAAGAAAGUCCAUAGUGAAGGUGGCUAUGGGUCACAGGGCUACAGAUACGAUUGGAAGAUUGAGGAAGCGCAAAAGAAUCUUCUUCGCACUCACACUACGGCCGUCAGUGCGCGCAUGUUGUACAAGUUGGCGCAACAGACGGAGUUCACGCCGCAGAAGUACUUCAGCAUUGAUAAGGUGUUCCGUAAUGAAACUCUGGACGCCACUCACUUAGCAGAGUUCCACCAAGUGGAGGGAGUUGUCGCUGGGCGUGGCCUGGGUCUUGCCGACCUUAUUAGUGUGCUGGACGCUUUCUUCAAGAGGCUCGGCUUCGACAAGCUACAGUUCAAGCCCGCUUACAAUCCUUACACUGAACCCAGUAUGGAGAUAUUCGCGUAUCAUACAGGUCUCGGCAAAUGGAUUGAGAUUGGCAACUCCGGUGUGUUCAGACCAGAGAUGCUGCUGCCGAUGGGUCUUCCGGAGGAUGUGAACGUGAUUGCUUGGGGCCUGUCGCUGGAACGGCCCACCAUGAUUAAAUACGGCCUCAACAACAUCCGCGACCUCGUGGGGCCCAAGGUCGACCUUCAAAUGGUCCAAGCCAAUCCCAUUUGUAGGCUUGAUAAAUGA